AUGAAAUUAAUACGGAACCACGUAGGAUCUAAGCCGAAACCAAACCUCAACGGUUCCGAGACGUUUUUCAUUACUCGUCGGUGUCGCGCGGUAGCCGGAGGGGGAGGGGGGGGAUUGGGGGUCUUCAUUGAGCUCCCGGGCCUCCGUUUCUAUUUUAGGAGCCCCGGGGAGACCGGUCUGGUCGGGUGGGGGGCUGACGUCAACCGGCGCGGGCACGAUUCACCCUCGCGCGGCGGGGGAGUUUUGUUCCACGAAAAAAGGGUGGGCGCUGAAAACAGGCAGAAGCUUCUGGCCGUAUCCACCGUAGCAAUGCUACAUAUGUCGCUUAAGAAUAGCUUCAGCAUA